AUGGCCUUCGAGAUAACAGACUACAGCCUCGUCGCCGACGACGACAUCACCACCAUCACAACGACCGUCGUGGCUACGUACACGGUGUUUUCCAGCUCUGUGGCCGGCAUAGGCCAUCAGAGACAGACACAGGCGAAACGAUCGCAGUUGUCGCUCACGCUCGGGCUGGUGCUGCCCCUUGCAGUAGUUGCAGCGGCCAUUGCUGGCCUCUACAUGUGGCGUCUGCUCCGGAAGCAGAGCAGACAAAGCACACCAAUACACAGCUACACGGCCCCCAUGCUGGCUAUUUCGCGGGCGUCGACAGUCAGCAGCACAGACUCGUCAGUCUCAAAGCUCUCAGCCUACAGCUCAGAACACACCGUGGUCGAGUCGCCGCAGGUGGUGCGGUUUGGCCCGCUGGAGACGCAGUGGAUCAGCACGCCGAUCGCCGCAUUCAAGGGCAUGGUGCGCAAGAGCACGUACGCGAUCGUGGACAGGGCCGGGGCGGCGGCCGAAAGCUCUCCCGUGUUUCUGAAAUCGUUCAACCUCAAGGCCAGAGACGCCGCGGCCACGCAGCCAGAGACACCACCCGUGAGUGCCCCGUUGAAAAAUACGCAGCUGCUGAAAAUCGCGCGCCUCUCAGCCGCACGCUGCUAG